UAUAGGCUCCUUCAGCUGUCAAUCAUCUUGUCCUUGCGCAAUAACGCCCGCCCCUUAUGUCAGUUUUCCAAACUGGACGCUUGCUCUCUGUUUACUGCUGGAAUGAUAACGGGGUAUUAGGUGAUGACCCAUUUAGACUGCUGCUUUGGAGGAACGAUGCUCUCUCACUGACGACACCAUUACUAACUGUCCAUCAUGAACAGCGAAGAGGAGUUUUAUGAUGCAGAGACAGGUUUGGAAUCAGAUGACUCCUGUGAAGUCAGCUUUAAAGAUGCCCCUGGUUUUGAGAGCAAACAGGCAUCUAAUGGCAGUGUGCGAUCAGAGAAUGGAGUGUGGGAACGACGGACAACCCUCCCUGCCCCCAUGUUCUCCAGACAUGACUUCAGUAUUUGGGGCUUCCUGAAAAAAUGCAUUGGCAUGGAGCUGUCCAAGAUAACUAUGCCUGUGGUUUUUAAUGAGCCACUGAGCUUUCUUCAGAGACUUACAGAAUAUAUGGAACACACAUACCUCAUUCAUAAAGCUUGCACACUAUCUGAUUCUAUAGAGCGUAUGCAGCUCGUUGCUGCAUUCGCUGUGUCUGCUGUGGCGUCACAGUCGGACAGAACUGGAAAACCUUUUAACCCUUUACUGGGAGAGACUUAUGAGCUUAUAAGGGAAGAUGAGGGAUACCGGUUGAUCUCAGAGCAGGUUAGCCACCAUCCCCCAAUUAGUGCUUUUCACACUGAAUCGCUCAGCCAGGACUUUCAGUUCCACGGCUCGAUUUAUCCCAAACUGAAGUUCUGGGGCAAAAGUGUAGAAGCGGAACCCAAAGGAACUAUGACACUAGAGCUAUCCAAGCACAAAGAAGCAUACACUUGGACAAACCCUACGUGCUGUGUGCACAAUGUCAUCAUAGGCAAAUUGUGGAUUGAACAGUAUGGAACCGUAGAGAUCAUCAACCACAGCACCGGGGACAAGUGUAUACUCAGUUUUAAGCCUUGCGGAAUGUUUGGCAAAGAACUGCACCGGGUGGAAGGUCAUAUCCAGGACAAGAGUAAGAAGAAGCGGCGCAUUAUCUAUGGGAAGUGGACAGAGUGCCUGUACAGCAUAGAUCCAAAGGUCUAUGAAGCAAACAAGAAGGCAGAAAAGAAGAGUGGAGAUUCUAAGAAACACAAACAGGAACUGAAUACUGGUAGUGGUGCUGAUGAUGCUGAUGAAAUGCCAGAUGUUCAGGAGACAGUGACUAUGAUCCCCGGCAGUACAUUACUGUGGAGGAUAACCCCGCGACCUGCACACUCAGAUCGGAUGUAUAAUUUCACCAGCUUUGCCAUGAUGCUCAAUGAACUGGCUCCUGGCAUGGAGGGAGUCAUAGCACCUACAGACUGCCGCCUGCGACCAGACAUAAGAGCAAUGGAAAACGGAGACAUAGACACUGCGAGUCAAGAGAAAGAGAGGCUGGAGGAGAAGCAGAGAGCUGCACGGAGAGAACGUGCUAAAGAUGAGGAGGACUGGUCCACCAGAUGGUUCAAGCAGGGCACAAAUCCUUACACAGGAACCUCAGACUGGAUCUACACAGGUGGCUACUUUGACAGGAAAUACUCUGACCUCCCUGAUAUCUACUGAUUGGCUGGGAAAAGAGCAAGGGGUUUGGUAUACCUCUGGUCACUCCAUCGCCUGGUCCUUAUCAUUUAUCUACUCACAAAAAGCCUUUAUUUUUUAUUUUUAUUUUUUUCAGCUAUCAAAAUGUGAGACAGAUGAAUGGUUUACUGAACUGAGUAACAAAACCUCUCCUUCCCACAUUACAGCCAAAUCUUUAUACUGGAAAUCCAAAACCCGGAAUUCAAUAUGACUGAAUUAAUUUAAUUUUUUUGAAAUGUAGGAAAUGCAAUAUGUUUUUUCCCCAUGUAAUUUACUUUUAUGGUAAAACAAUAGGUAAGGCUGAGUACAUGUGUAGUGAAUAAUGCACAACUUGUUCCCCACCCUAUCAUAUAUCAUGCUUGUUAUACUCAGGUGUUUUAUGGGUACACGAUAUUAAUGAUGGCAGUACUGCAUUAACAGCAAUGGAGAUUUAUGAGACUCUUUUUAGCUAUUUAUGAUCAGACUAAUGCAACUAUUUUAGCAUUACUAUGAUAGCGAAUACCUUGUCCAUAAAUGUGACUUCUGUAAGUGUAAGCAACACUUUGGGAUUUCCAGUAAAACAGUUAGUGCAUUUAGAAUUAAUUAAGUAGAGUCAGUAGCUGAGUGAUUAAUAUCUCCAGAAAUAAAAAGUCCCAUUAGGAUCUUUCAGGCAGAACUUCUGUAUGUCUCCACUGAUACAUAGGAGUUCACUAAAAGUUGCAUGCUCAUUCCUCACAUGCAUGCUUUAUGACUAGUCAAGUAUAAAAGCUGCUUAUUGACCAUGUUUACUUUAUAAAUGAAGAGUUUUUAAUGGUAUAGAAAUUAAUUAACACCUUUCACAGCAGAGAAGUCUAGUGUAUUCUUAUACUGAUAUUUUAAGUUGAUUAUGGUUGCCAAAGUGACUCUCCUUUUGUGGAAACUAAAGCCAUAAAACUCAUCAGGACUGCAUGUGUGUGUGUUUAGACAGUCUCACACACUUAUGCACAGGCUUCAUUUAAAGGAAAUGGGUGCUAUAUAUGUUUUCAGCACUAGUUACUAAAGAAUGUUUCACCUUAACAUACAAUCCAAAUGUACUCAACUGCUGCUUGGUAUAACCUUUACAAAACCUGUUUUAUUACUAAUAUGUAUGUGUGCUCCUGAAAGACUCAAAAAGAUAAACGGGAAUGGUGCACUACUACAAGGUGUUUCAAACGAUCUCUCGGAUGAUACUGUCUUUCUCCUACUGGGCAUGUCUCCUUCUCCUACUCUCUUGCACACACAUACACACAGAUGACAUAAUCUAUGCAAACAUUCAUCAGAAUGUAAAUUGUGUCUUCAGAACUGCAACUGUAUUGAGAAUGUUUGGUAUAUUCCGCUGGAGUCCAACUUUGCAAACAAAGGGCUGGUGUUUUUGUCCCAUCCAGUGACUCUGUAUAUGUACAGUCUCGAUUUCACCCAGCUUAUGUCACACAUUGUCUCUUUUUAGCUUGAGAUACUUUUUUGUUGUGUCCCACACUGGCCCUUUGUAAAGAUUGAACUUCAUUGAGUGUUUGCUUAGAUUUGUAAACAGUUUUUGGCUGUUUUUGGCAACAGUUUUGGCCUGAACCUUCACUGAUAUAUGUUCUGCUGGAUUCAACUGCAUUUGACCAGAACAGUUAGUUGCUCACCAAAGGGUUUGUGUGUAGCAACUUAUACAUGUUCCAUACAGUUACAAUAUCCUUACCUGAACGUACAUGUCAAUUUAAGUGACAGUUAAAUGAUUCUAUUGAAUUAUAUAUUAUAUACAUAUAAUUCUAUAUUGUUCUUAUUCAUCAGCCUUAUAGUCAUAAAGGUCACUGAUAUAAUGUGAAAUUCCGAAGGUUAAUGUUAAGAGGAACCUGUGCCAUGUCCCACAGAGUGCAGCUACAUAAAGCAAACAUUGUUGACAUGGUAGGUGAAACAGGUGGUAGCAUGUUACUAAUAAUCAACACUGUAUGUGAAAAUACAGUAGUUGUUUUAUAGAUUAUUAACAUAUGUGGGUUCCACUGCAUCACAAAAAGAACACACCAAAUGACCUAUGUAGGCUUUAUAUAGUUGCACUUAAUAAAACUUUUCUUAUAUUUUGUAUAGAUCAUAUUAAUUGUCAAUUGAAACACUUAGGUUGUCUAACAAUGUAAAUCUGGUCCUUCAAAAAUUAGCAAUAUUAAAUGUAAAAUAGCAAACACAAAUAAAUUCCAGUAAGUACAA